ACGUCAUUGGUCAUGGGCCGGAAGUAGUUCACACGUUCCAACAUGGCUGCUGUGGAUAUCAGAGAUAAUUUAUUGGGUAUAUCAUGGGUGGACAGUUCCUGGAUUCCUAUACUCAACAGCGGGACAGUUCUGGACUACUUCUCAGAGCGAAGCAACCCAUUCUAUGAUAGGACAUGUAAUAAUGAGGUUGUUAAAAUGCAAAGGCUAACGCUUGACCAUUUAAACCAGAUGGUUGGUGUGGAAUAUAUUCUGCUACAUGCCCAGGAACCCAUAUUAUUUAUCAUCAGGAAGCAGCAGCGACAGUCUCCAACACAAGCUAUUCCGCUUGCUGAUUACUACAUUAUCGCAGGAGUGAUUUAUCAGGCACCAGACCUGGGAUCCGUUAUCAAUUCAAGAGCACUGACUGCAGUUCACGGGAUCCAGUCUGCAUUUGAUGAAGCCAUGUCGUACUGCCGGUAUCACCCAUCCAAAGGCUACUGGUGGCAUUUCAAAGACCAAGAAGAGCGAGAUAAAGCAAAACCAAAGGCAAAGAAAAAAGUAGAAGCCAGUUCCCACUUCCAGAGACAAAGAGUGGAUACAUUGCUAAUGGAACUCACACAAAAAUUCCCUCCGGUGUUUGUUCAGCAAAAGCCUGGGGAGAAGCCAGUACCUGUUGAACAAAUAAAGAAAGAACAGGAACCUCCCACAGAAACCAUUAAACAGGAAGAAAAAGAACCAGCAAAACCUGCUCAAGCAACAACCCCCAAAGGCCCUCCAGAGAAGAGAAUGAGACUCCAGUAGCAGAAUGUGGUUGCUUUUAAAAUCAGCUACGGAAUGGGAGUAUAUCCAUUAAUGUAGUGGCUGAAACAUGCUUCACAAACACACUCCCAAUACUUGAUCAUUUAAAGGGACACUGCAAGCACCGUAACUACUUAUUGCAGUGGUUAUGGUACCAGGAGGCUCUGGAUGGAACCUCCUAAGGUUUUGUCAAAACAUUUUCAAAACAAUUUCUCAAAAAAAAUGCAGGAAGCCCGUGUGGCAAAUCCUCCUGUACCCUUUGCUGACAGUCAUGCUAUGUGUGCUUACAACAUUUUGGCAAAUAAAAACUUCCUCAUGAUGAUGUCUCCAAUUGAGGAUGUGGGUUCAUAAAUCAAGGAACAGGGAUUUAUGAAGCCUGUUCAUUCCCUGUUUGUUUUGUUAAACGGUUUGAAAAUAUGUUGACAUAAACUGUAACUAGAGUGCCCCUACUUCUUCUAGUGCCAUCACUGGUGCACUAAGUUGCAGUAGUUGUGGUGGUUGAGUAUCCCUUUAAAGCAUCUGUCACCCCCGCUCAAACAAUAAAAUACUAUUUGAGCAUUUUAUAAAGAUGAAAUAGAAAAUUUAUAAAAUGCUCAUAAAGAUUGCGUUGGAAUUUCAUUUAAAUUCCAACACAGUGACAAAAGACCAAGCUACUGCCAUCAAGUUUAGUCACUUGCUAACGCAAUAAGGCAUUAUCUUACUCAUCAGAAGAUAAGGUCUAUGGAGGUCUUGCGAGUUGCUUUAAAGACUUCAGUGUUGUAUGUGCAAGUAUGUGCGUGAGUAAAGAACUGACAUGGGCUUCUGGUAGAUGAAGCGCCAAGAGCUGAAGAACCAAGAUGGCAGCGGCUGUGGCAGACAACAUCGUGUAGCUUUGACUCCCCUCUGCUGAACCCCCAGGCCACCGCACACCAAGCAGCAAUGUCGCCAAAAUAUGCAACGUAUGCAGAAGGUAUACAGAGCCACUUUACGUAUCAAUGCUGUAUGUGGCAUGUUACAUGUAUGAUCUGUAACUUUAUCUCUACCUACUUUGGCAUCAGAGAGGCCUGAAUUGGACAUAUAAAUAAAUGAUCAGAUUCCUUCUAUUUAUAACUGCAUUUUAGGAAGACAUAUGUUACUAUGUUGCCUGAAAUGCAUGUAUACUAGAUAAAAAUGGACCUGGAGCCAGUGCUGAAAUCUUUAAACAGAAAUUGUAAUGUGCUUUGUAGUUGCCACUAACUGAUGGGAUGCUGACAAUUCCUACAGACUUGCUAUCGUGAAGUGGGGGUAGACCUCGUAUGGUGAAAAUAAAAGACUACCUAACAUUGAAAGAAGCGCUACAUCAGAAGUGUCCUAUCGCCUCCCUGCCGCCCUCUGGCUGUUGGAUUAUUAUACACAUAGUUGUUAAACAGCCAUGGUGUGUAUGACCUUUCCAUAGUUACCGGUUUGGAGAUUACAUGCAUACAAUGCACACAAGAAAACUUAUUCAGAUCUCUUGAUAAUAGUAUAUCCAAUGUUAAGUGGUGUACAGCCUUGCAUAUCUGCUAACAUUCGGAGGUAUAUGGAGUUGCAAGCACCCUAUGUAUCUGUUGGCUCUUGAGAUGGUAGAAGCUAAGGUACUUUUAUUGAUUAACCACAUGGGCUGUCAAGGGACUCGCACUACCUUGUGAUAUUCACUCCCAGAACACUUGUCGCUAUUGCUUCUUAUGUGAUGAUAUCAUGGACAAACAAAGAAGUGGUCCUCUAAAUCCUAACCCCUUUUCUCUGUUGCUGGACAGGGCUUUUGUGAUUUUUUUUUUUUUUUUUUUUUUUUAAAUGUCACCAUCGACUGUAGUUUACCUGUAGGGGCAUUUGAUUAUUUGACUCAUGUGGUUUCUCGCCCUAAUGUCCUUGGUAAUGCUUUAAAUGUGUGUGAAUGAAAAUAGUCUGUAAUCAUGUUAGAGGGACACGCUGGACGUUAACACAACUUUAGUGAAUCUUGAGUUUAACUGAGCCCACAACAAGGCAAUACAUUUUUUUGCAUAUUUAAAUCUCUAGCUUUGCAAACAAAAAAAAGAAAAGUUUUGCAACAUGUCCCCAACUCCCCUUUUUAUAAAAAGUCUUCCUGAUGAGACGUACACGGUAUAGCUCAGCCAAUAAGAGAUGUCUGAGCUGCUGACUUGAUUCCACCACACAGCUAGACUUUACACUCUUGAGAUCUGUAGUAUUGUAAUACUGACUUCACUCUGCUAAGGGGAAAAAGGACAGUAAUUGCUUCUGCAGCUUCCUCUUGAGCUCUCGUUUGCUGAGCUGUGUAAAUACAAUUCGUACUGCCAGCCAGCCAUGAGGAUAUUUUGUGAAAAGGGGGAUAUGGCUAAGGAGCAGAGGGCUAGGAUGCAGAAAGUGGUAAUUACAUUGUUCCCUUCUUCAAAUCUAAAGAGAUUUGAAUGUGGUGAAAAAUACAUUCUGGAU